AUAAAUAUCAAUUUUUCGCCUUAAGCAUCAUUCAUUUAUAAUUGAAUUUUUAUUUUGUUCAAAUGACAGCGUAUACGUUGGUGGCUUUUGGAAUUUUAGCGCUUAUUUUGGGGUUCAUUGGCCAAUGCGCUUCAAUAACAGAAUCUACGACUGUGAACCCAGAUGUUUGUAUUUGGGAAGUAGAUGAUUUGACAUACACAUUUUCUCAGGGAAAAACGAUUACACCUACAACUCGAUGUAUUGGAUGCACAUGUACCAGAGGUGGCACUUAUAUAAUUACUUGUGAAAAAUGCGAUAAUUUGGACGACCCUCCUAAUCCUAAUUGCGAAUUAGUGUCCAAAACAAAUCUGACUUAUCCUCAGUGUUGCCCUUAUUACGUUUGUGAUUGAUGAUUUUAGCGACUUUUAUCAAAUAUUAUCAAUAUAAUUGCGAAAUUUAUAUAUAUUUUUUUAAAUUAUCAUUAUAAAAAAAAUUAUUGUUAUAUUUGAUUUGUAAUAACGAAUUAUUAGUCAUAUUUCUUUAUUAAGUUAUAUUUAUAAAAAAAAUUAUGUUACCAUUUCAUUGUAAUCUGAAUAAAAUUUUUCAGAUUUUGUUAGAUUU